AUGGGGUACGAUAAUUUCAAUCAUCAACCAAAUUUUAAACCAAUUGAUCAUUUAUAUGAUGAUAGAUUGCGUCAAUUUACAGAUAAAGGUGGUCAAUAUCCUAAUUUAAAUUUACCUAAAUUUUAUGAUAUUCAUAGAAAAGAAAUUGGAAAUUUAAAAAGUUGGAAAGUUCCAGAUGAUAAAAAUGGUAAAACUCAAAGACCUUUAUUUAGGGAUAUUAAAUUUUCAAAUAUUGAAUGGGAAAAUAUUGGAUUAGGUUAUAAUUUUGGACCAAGUUGGAAAACUUUUUGGGUUAAAUUUAAAUUAUCAAUACCUGAAGAAUGGUUAAAAUAUGAAGGAUUAGAAAUAGAAUGGGAUUCAAGUUCUGAAGCUUUAAUUUAUAAUUCAAAAGGUUUACCAUUACAAGCUUUUACUGGUGGAGGUGAUCGUAAUUUAUUUGAUAUACCUGAAGAAUAUAGAACUAGUGAAGAACAAACUUUUUAUAUUGAAGUAGCAUGUAAUGGAAUGUUUGGUAAUGGAGCUGAAGGAGAACCUGAUCCAAAUAGAUAUUUUAAAUUAGUUAAAGCUCAUUUAGUUGUUCCUAAUUUAGAAGCAAGAAGAUUAUUUUGGGAUUUUUGGAUCUUAAGUGAUGCAGCAAGAGAAUUUCCAGGUGGUUAUUGGCAAAAACAUCAAGCUGCUGAUAUAUGUACUAAAAUUAUGAAUACUUUUAAUCCAGAAGAUGUUAAUUCCAUUAAAGAAUGUAGAAAAUUAGCAACAAAAAUAUUAAGUAAUAAAAUUAAUUCAGAUGAAGUUUUUGAUACAAAUCCAAAUCCAAAUAAAAGAGUAGAUGUAUUUGGUGUUGGUAAUUGUCAUAUUGAUACUGCUUGGGAAUGGCCAUUUGCAGAAACUAAAAGAAAAAUCGUUAGAUCAUGGACAACUCAAUUAAAAAUUGCAGAUAAAUAUCCAGAAUAUGUAUUUGUAGCUUCACAAAUGCAACAAUUUAAAUGGUUAAAAAAAUCAUAUCCUGAAAUUCUUGAUAAAAUUAAAGAAAAAUUUACAACUAAUCAAUUUAUUCCAUUAGGUGGAUCAUGGGUUGAAAAUGAUACUAAUUUACCAAAUGGUGAAUCAUUAAUUAGACAAUUUGUAUUAGGUCAAAGAUAUCUACAAAAUGAAUUUGGUUUUAAAUCAAAUAUAUAUUGGUUACCUGAUACUUUUGGUUAUAGUUCACAAAUUCCACAAAUUUGUCAAUUAGCAGGUAUAGAUAGAUUUUUAACUCAAAAAUUAUCAUGGAAUAAUAUUAAUAAUUUCCCAUUAUCUACUUUCAAUUGGAAAGGUAUAAAUGGUUCACAAGUCUUGGUUCAUAUGCCUCCUGCAAAUACUUAUACUGCAGCAGCUCAUUUUGGUGAUGUAUUAAGAUCCUCACGUCAGCAUAAGAAUUUAAGAGAUGUACCAACUGGUUUAUUAUUAUAUGGACAUGGUGAUGGUGGAGGAGGUCCAACCGAAGAAAUGAUUGAAAAAUUAAGAAGAUGUAGAGGUAUUAGUAAUGAAGUUGGAUUAUUACCAUCAGUAGAAUUAGGAGUUAACAUAGAUGAUUUUUAUGAUCAUUUAUUAGAAAAUUCAAAACAAGGAUCUACUUUACCAACCUGGACUGGUGAGAUAUAUUUAGAAUUUCAUCGUGGGACAUAUACUGUUCAAGCUCAAAUUAAGAAAUAUAUGAGAUUAGGAGAAAUUAAAUUACAUGAUUUAGAAUUAAUUGCAGGUUUAGUAAGUUUAAAAUAUAAAGAUUAUAAAUAUCCAGGUAAAGAAAUUCAAGAUUUAUGGGAAGAUCUUUGUUUAUGUCAAUUCCAUGAUGUUUUACCAGGUAGUUGUAUUGGUAUGGUUUAUUAUGAAGAAGUAUUUCCUAUGUUAAGUUCAUUAUUGAAAAAAGCUGAUGAAUUGACUUUUAAGGCUCUUAAAGUUGUUGGUAAAGGUAAAACUGUUUCAGUUGUCAAUACUUUAUCUUGGGAUAGAUAUGACGAAAUUCUUCAUAUUUCAAAAGAAGAUGCACCAGUUUUGUUUGAAAUGUGUAAGUACCAUGGACAUAAGGAAGAUGAUGAUAAGAAAAUCAAAGUUUCAGUAAGUCUUGUUGGGGGAAUGACUGAAUUCAAUACAAAAAUUAAAUAUCCUGCUACGGUUAAAGAAACUGAUACUGGUUUCACAUUAUCAAAUGGUUUAUUAGUCGCCAAAAUUUCAUCAUCAGGUGUUAUCACUUCACUUUAUGAUACUGUAGCAGAAAGGGAAAUAAUUGAUACAACAGAAACUGUUCAAACUAAACAAGGUAAUAAAUAUGUUGGAGGUAAUCAAUUAAUUUUAUUUGAUGAUGAACCAUUAAACUUCCCAGCUUGGGAUACUGAAAUUUAUUCAUUAGAAAAAUUCAAAUUAUUAGAUAAAGGAAAAUCUAAAAUUUUAUCUUCAGAUCCAACUGAAGUAUCAAUUUUAGUAACUCAUCAAAUUUCAGAAUUAUCAUCAAUUGAAACAAUAAUUUCUUUACCAGGAGUAAAUUCACAAAAUAAUAAUAAUUAUAUUAAAUUUUCAUCAACAGUUAAUUGGCAUGAAACUUAUAAAUUUUUAAAAGUACAAUUUCCAACUACUAUAAAUUCAGCAUUAGAAGCAAGUUAUGAAACCCAAUUUGGUAUAACAAGGAGACCAACUCAUUAUAAUACUACUUGGGAUAUUGCAAAAUUUGAAGUUUGUCAUCAUAAAUUUAUGGAUUUAAGUGAAUAUAAUUAUGGUGUCUCAAUAUUGAAUAAUGGUAAAUAUGGUGGUUCAAUUCAUGGUAAUUUGAUAAGAUUAUCUUUAUUAAGAAGUGCUAAAGCUCCUGAUAAUAAAGCAGAUAUGGGUAUUCAAAAAUUUGAAUAUGCAAUCUAUCCUCAUUCAGGACCAUUAGGAAUUGACACAGUAAAAGCAGGUUGGAAUUUUAAUUAUAAAUUAUUACCAAUUGUUGCUGAUACUUCAUUUUUGAAUGUUAUUAAGUUAGAAACUAAAUCAUCUUUAAUUUUAUCUCAUAUAAAAAGAGGUGAAGAUGAUGUUGAUGUAAGUCAAUAUAAGAAAUUGACAAAGAAAUCCAAAUCAAUUGUUAUUAGAAUUUAUGAAUCUCUUGGUGGUGCAAGUAAAGGGAAAUUAAUAAUUGAUGAAAAAUAUUUCAAAGUUGAUAAAAUUAUAAAAACUGAUGCAUUAGAAAAUAAAGUUAUUGAAGAAUUGAAAUAUAAAGAUGGAGAAGUUGAUAUUCAUUUGAAAAGCUUUGAAAUUGGUACUUAUAAAUUGAUUUUAAAAGAUUAA